CACGCCCAUAGAGCAAUACAGGAUACCUGGAGGAUUUGACGAUUCGCUUUUGCUGACACUGCAGAACUUUAAGAGCAAAUUGAGGCUCCUGGACCAGCGACAUCAGCAGCUCAGCACCACCAGAGCCAAAAGCAACACACCCUCAACCUGAAGGAGAACCAGCCGGAAGUCAAUAUGAGCAGAUGUCUGAUCAGCAAGGUGGAGGUGCAAGGCUUCAUCGAGCGGUGUAUGACAGGCGUGGGCACCAAGCAGCAUCAUGCCCGCAGCCUGGCCGAGGUGCUGGUGGAGGGGGACCACAGGGGCCACUACAGCCACGGACUCAACCGGAUGGACAUGUACGUUAAGGACAUCCAGACAGGAAUCUGUGCCAAGGACGGUGAGCCGGUGGUGGAGAAGGAGAGCGCGGCCACAGCUCUGGUGGAUGGGAAGAACCUGCUGGGUCCUGUGGUGGGAAACUUCUGCAUGAAUCUGGCCAUUAAAAAGGCCAAAGAAGCUGGCAUCGGCUGGGUGGUGGCACACGGUUCCAACCAUUACGGUAUUGCUGGAUAUUACUCAAUGCAAGCUCUGAAGGAAAACAUGAUUGGCAUGUCCUUCACCAACACGUCUCCACUGGUGGUUCCCACACGUGGUAAAGAUUGCACUUUGGGCACCAACCCCAUCAGCGUGGCCGCUCCGGCUAAAGAUGGAGACAGCUUUGUUCUGGACAUGGCCACAUCAGCAGUAGCUCUUGGAAAGGUGGAGCUCCAUGAGCGGCGGGGGGACACCAUCCCUGAGGGCUGGGGCUGCGACGCCCAGGGGAAGCUGACCACCGACCCCAAACUGGUCCUGAGCGGAGGAGGACUGGUGCCCGUCGGAGGCAGCGAGGCCACAGGAGGGUACAAAGGCUAUGGACUGGGGAUGAUGGUGGAAGUGUUCUGUGGUAUUUUGGCCGGUGCUCAGUACAGCAAUCAUGUCCGGACGUGGAAAGUAACAGACCGUGUUGCCAACCUGGGUCAGUGUUUCGUUGCAAUCAACCCGGAGAACUUUGCUCCCGGGUUUGCCGACAGGAUGUCAGACCUCCUGUCCAUCCAGAGGGGGAUGGAGCCUGUGAGUGGAUCCUGCUGUGGUGCUGAUAAACACUGUACACUNGUCAACUACAUGAACGAAUGUGCCAAGAGAGUCGGUGUCAGCCCGCUGCUGCCAUGUGACAAUCUUAUCUCCAACUAGUGGAUCCAGUCCGGAGUCCCAGCGCGGAAAACCUUCAGCUUCUGCUCAAAUUAAAGUUCACAUUGAGAUACAUGGGAACGAACCUUUGUACAUGCAAAUUGUUCACGUGUUGACAAUCAUAUCUUAUCCGUAUAUCAGCACUUUCCGGGUAUUUUAAUCUCUUCUUUAACAUGUAACACAAAACACUUCCCCUUUCCAUGACAUUUGUGACAUAAGACCAAAAAUAUCAACGUCUCUUUUCUUCUGAAGUAACCUUUUGAAAUGUUACUAUGUUUCUUGUGUCUUGGCUGGAUGUGAACGAGUUAAAUUCGUAGCGGUGCUGUUAAAAGAUGAGCUUGCUGGUUUGUUGUCACAACAGUUCGGGUUAUUCCCUUUUGGUGAGCUAUUUUACUUUGUUGCUGUUAAAAUGCAGUACAAUUUUUUUUAAACUAUAUAGUUAUCAAGCUAAACGUGUUAUUUUUAUACUGAGAAGAAUUUAAAAAUGACCAUGCAAAUGUUUGGCUUCUUGUAUAGUUAAAAUUGUUUUACUCCAAUGUCAUAAAAACAAAUGCCUUACUUAUGUGCCUUAUUCAAUAAAAGCCAUACAAACCA